CGGGUGCUUCUCAGCUGCUUCCGGGGAUCUAAGAUGGCGGUGGCGCUGUCGCUGCCGCUCGCGGCGGAAGGGUCUCCCCAAGUCAUGGCGGACUGAACGGCGGCGGCUCGCCCCGGGGAAACGGGCUACCUCGUCCCAUGCCCACCCAGUUCUGCUUCCCUGGCGAGGCACAUGGAAGUUUCAUCCCAACCCCCCACAGAAGACGCAGCCUGCACUGGUCCCAGUUGUUAAAUGAAUUCCGUGUCACCCACCUCAGUGCAGUACUUAAGCCAGGAUGAGCUGCGCCACUCAGACGGAAGGCAACUCUUUAAUCCCAGGUCCAGCAGUCAAGGGGGGAACUACCCAGGGCUCUUCCCCGGAGGGGGUGCCGCACGCAGCCAACAUAACGAGCCUGACGAAGUGGACAAGAUCAAAAGCAAGCUCUUCUCUGUCUGGAACAAUGUGAAAUAUGGUUGGACGGUCAAGACCAAAACUAAUUUCAGCAAGCUUUCCCCAGUCUACCUCUUUGGACACAUCUACCGCUUUGAACGUGAAGAGGAUGUGGAGUGCUUUCAGAAGGACUUUGCCUCACGCAUCUGGCUAACCUACCGACGGGAAUUUCAGCAGUUAGAAGGCACUAUGUGGACCACGGACUGUGGCUGGGGCUGCAUGCUGCGCAGUGGUCAGAUGCUGCUGGCUCAGGGUCUCGUCGUCCAUUUCCUUGGCAGAGAUUGGACCUGGUCAGAUGCCCUUUAUACCCCCAGUUUGGCGGAGAUGGAGCCCAUGAAAGCCACCCCUCUGCCCUGCCCCAGCACAGCUAACCUGCGCCAGGUCCCAUCUAUCCCUACUGACAGGAGCAGGGGACCCUGGGAGCUGCAGGCCCCUAGGCGCACCUGCAGUCCUGAUGAACUGGAAAAGGAGCGUUACCACCAGAAGAUUAUCUCAUGGUUUGCUGACCGGCCGCAAGCACCCUUUGGAAUUCACCGUUUGGUUGAACUGGGGCACAGUUCAGGGAAGAAAGCAGGGGACUGGUAUGGGCCUUCUAUUGUAGCCCACAUAAUCAGGAAAGCAGUAGAUUGCUGUUCGGAAGCAGGCAACCUGGCGGUGUACGUGUCUCAGGACUGCACAGUGUACAAAGAUGAUGUGGCAAACCUGGCCAAUAGAAGCAAAGACAGGACUGCGUGGGACCCUGGCGCCGAAUGGAAAGCAGUCAUCAUCCUGGUGCCCAUGCGGCUAGGGGGAGAGACGUUUAACCCCGCCUACGUGGACUGUGUUAAGGAACUUCUGAGGCUGGAUUUCUGUAUUGGGAUCAUUGGAGGAAAACCAAGGCAUUCCCUGUACUUCGUUGGAUAUCAAGAUGACACACUUCUGUUCCUGGACCCGCAUUAUUGCCAGCUCUUUGUGGACACCACUAAGGAGAAUUUCCCCCUGGAGUCCUUCCACUGCAACUCACCCCGGAAAACAGCCUUCAGCAAGGUGGAUCCCAGCUGCACCAUUGGCUUCUACGUCAGCCACAGAAGAGAGUUUGAGAGCCUGUGCGUGGAAUUGACACAGGUCCUCAAUUCUGCGGCUGCCAAAGAGAAAUACCCCAUGUUCUCCAUUGUAGAUGGCUGCGCUCAGGACUAUGGUUUAGAAGAACUCUGUUCCCGAUUCUCCCAGCAAACGGUGCAAGGGCAGCGGCCCAGCAAGAGGGGCAGGGCGAAAAAGGCAACCACAGAGGAUUUUGUCGUCUUAUGAUCGCUGGCGAGGCAGCCCCAACACCACUGACAUAUUUAUUUUUAUUUAUGUAGAUGCCUACGGCAGCCCUCUCCCUUUUUGAUCCAGGAGAGUGGGAGAGUCCCUGUGUCACUCUUGCAGUGACUUGUCUUCUGCUACUCCAGCCUGUAGCAGUCAGGUAGCACUCCAUGUCAGAGGCUGCAAUUGAAAUGUCUUGUGGGGGUUACCAAACUCCUCAAUCGUUAGGAUGCUGCUAAAAGGAAGUCAAGACACUGGAAUAACCCGCAGAACAUGGGCAAGCGAUAUUGAGCACUGAAAUGACUGUACAAUGGCGAGAGCCAAGGCAGUUCACAGUGAGGAGAGGGAAACCUUUAGCAAGGUAGUUCUGGGUUGAUUUUCUAAAAGUAGGUUUCUGUCUCUUCGACUGAGAGUUCAAGGCAACUUCAUUAACUACACAGAGAACUCAGUCCUGAACUCAGGGCCAGGCUAUUAACCUCUGCAUUAUUGUGCUCAAGUUGAGGUUCUUUGCUACUCUGCUUGUGUGGUUGCUUCUCCCCAUCAAUUUGUUUCAGUGCACUCCAUAGGCCCAUAAAAGAAGAGGGAGGGGCACAGCUUGUCUUGUCUAUUUUUUAAUUGAGGUGUACGUAUAGAGACAAAUCUGUAUUCACUUAAAUUGAGGGAUGAAGACUUUACAAGCUAGAGGUUGUUCACUGGUUAACAGGUGGCUGGGGAAGAACAAAAGAGGCACAAGGCCUGUUUGGUUAAUGAUGUAUUGGGUGGGCUUGAAUAAUUAGUAUUAUGACAUGGUUUCAAAGUGUAGAGGAAGGUCUCCCUUUGGAAGGAGGCUAAGGAGGAGUGGAGGGGACAGUUCAGGUUAGUAUCGGGGGAGAAUAGGAUUCCCUACAGAGAUGCAUCCCUGGGAUAGAUAGAGCCUUGCAUAUUGGUUGAGAGAUCCGUGGCAAAAGGGUAUUAAACAACCACCUGUAUACUUUACCCUGGAGACAGUUGCUUGAAUUCUCUUUCCCCUCCCUGCACUUCCUCCUGCCUUAUCAGUCUUUCUUCAGCAGCUGCUAAAGCAAAGGUUAGACUGACAACUCUCAGAAGUGGGCUUGGGUGCUCUUCUGCUUUUCUUAACUCAGGUGUGUUUGUGGUCAGCCAGGUUUGCUGUGUGGAUGUCUCUGCUGGCAACCCAGACUCCCCCCUUCAGAGGCAACACUCCUCCUUCCAGAUCUGUUUGAUCAAUAAAAGCUCUGCUCCAA